AUGAACAAUGCUGGAACGGUAGCUUUGCGCUUAGCGAGGCGAUGCCUGCAGGCCUCGACGUGCCAACGCUCUCCGGAGGAGGCACGAUGGCUCUUCUGCUUCAAUUCCUUCUCAAAUGAUAGCCGAUCGUCCCGAGCACUACAGACUUCCUCUUCGCUUGUGCACCAGAUUUUGCGCCCAGCGCAGCGACGUGGCUUCUCUCAAUCUACGCGUCAUACGUUUCGACAAUCCUUUGUCGCCCAGAGACUCAAACCCUACGGUUCGGACAAGAAACCUGAGAAGGGAUUACGGUUCCAGAAAGGUGAUCUCAAGAGUAAGGAAGUAAUUUCGAUAUUCGGAGCUCAAGCACCACCUCCAACUCCUGCGAACCGACUUCUGCGAGUCCUCCACGGCCGCCGCCAUGAUGGCACUUUGGAUCUUCCGCUACCCGAUGAUGUUCAACCAAUAUUGGAGAAGUAUCCGAGUGCGUUCGAGGACGGUCUACACUGGCUACGGAACGCCUAUCCUGUUGACGAGGACGCUGCUAUAUUGGCUCGGAUCGACCGGGAAGAACAUGAGUUUGAACGAGACAAUCCUGCAGAACUCAUGCAACGAGCACAAGACCUGAGGCUUUAUAUGGGUCCACAAAGUGGCCACUAUCAAGCCAAGCUGAGUGACAAGGAAGACGAUGUCUUUGGUGUCAGCGAACUGGACAAGAUCCGGGCAGAAAAUGAGGAGAGAUACCAGCGGGAAGAGGAGGAGCUUCAGGCACAGAUUGACGAACGAAUGACCAAAGUCAAAGAAGACAGAACAAAAUCGCUUGCUCAGCGCCCUGAACAAGGUCUCGAGUCGGCCAAUGAGGUCAGACCACCGAACAGCGUCGAGAAAUGGAUUCUGAAGGCGCAGAAUCGAGCCCAAACGAAAAUGACCCUCGAGUCGCCGGAAGUGGCUGAGAAGACAAUGAUCCAGCGCCUGUUGCCUUCCCUCAUCUUCGUUUCUCUGGUUGUCGGAGCCAGCUACCUAUAUUCCCAAUAUUGGGUGCGACCCAAGCAAUCCGAACGAUUUUUCCCGACGGUAUCAUUGUCCUUUGCUACAAUCACUGGUGUGAUUGCGACCAAUUUUGUCAUCUUUUGUGCUUGGAGGAUGCCGCCGUUCUGGAGGCUCCUCAACAAGUACUUUAUCAUUGUUCCUGCAUAUCCAUAUGCUUUCAGCAUGUUGGGCAGUAUUUUCAGUCAUCAGACACUCACUCACUUCCUAGCCAACAUGAUACCCCUCCUAAUCUUUGGUCUGCCGCUCCACGAAGAUGUUGGUAGAGGGACAUUUCUGGCCAUAUACCUCUCAUCUGGCCUGGUAGGAAGCUUUGCCAGUCUCGCACGUCAUGCUUUGUCACGAGUCUUCAUCACGACUACACUAGGUGCGAGUGGAAGUAUCUACGGUAUCGUCGCCGCAUACUUGUGGCUGCAUCUUCAUGACCGCUUCUCUAUCAUGUUUCUACCGCCCGACGUCGCAGACCAAUUCUCGUUUAGUGGACAGUCUUUGUUGAUCGCUCUAGGUCUCUUGCAAGUCUUCGGAAGCAUGAGACGCACUGUGAAGAUCGAUUACUUUGAUCACUUGAUUGGAAUGAUUGUCGGAAUCGUCGCUGCAUGGUGGUGGCAGAGCAACAAGGAGAAGAAUGGGGAGUCUAGAAAGAAGUCCACCAAUUGGUGGUCUACCUUGCCAGGUGUCCGACCAGGAGGUCGUGAUGGCUGA